ACUCGUGUGGCAGACUAGUGUAAUCGGUUCAUUUCGAUGAUAUAUCUUCGUUUUCGACAUCCUGAUCAGAUGAGAAGACGGAGUAGAUCAAAACGACAUAAUUAUUUUUACUCCUGUUGUCGAAUUAAGUGGAGUAUAGCUGAAAGGACUGGAGGGGUGCUUGGUUAGGUCUCUGAGAAACAUAAGCGUUGUCUUGUUUCGUUAAGAUAUAAAGCUGGUAGCGACGACGUAGCGAGAUUGUGGAAGCUAGCUUGCUAGCCAGUGUGCUAUUUGGAAAUGUCUGCGUGUGCCGCCGGUGUUUCUCCUGCUUCGCAGGGCUCGGCCCUCGCUGGUCCCGGGUCGGGGAUGUCGAUGUUCCGGUGGCUGGAGGUUCUAGAGAAGGAGUUUGACAAGGCGUUUGUAGACGUCGAUUUAUUGCUAGGAGAAAUCGACCCUGACCAAGCUGACAUCACGUACGAAGGCCGUCAAAAGAUGACAAGUCUCAGUUCUUGCUUUGCGCAGCUUUGCCACAAGGCACAGACCAUCUUUCAGCUAAACCACAAACUUGAGGCCCAGCUGGUGGACCUGAAGUCAGAGCUGACGGAUGUGCAGGCGGAGAAGGUCGUGGUGGAGAAGGAGGUGCAUGAGCAGCUGCUUCAGCUCCACACCCUGCAGCUGCAGCUCCACGCCAAGGCUGGCCAAGCUGUGGACUCCGGCUCCAUCAAAGACAGGCUGCCUGUUCCCUCCAUGGAAGAGAUGGAAAAGGAACUCGAAGCCAGUAAGAAAGAAAAGGUGAAGGAGGUGAAGUUGGAGGCUGAGGUGAGGAUGCUUAAAAAAGAGAGCGAGGCCCUCCGCAGGCACAUUGCAGUACUACAAGCAGAGGUGUAUGGCGCCAGACUGGCAGCCAAGUACCUGGACAAAGAGCUUGCGGGCAGGGUUCAGCAGAUUCAGCUGUUAGGCCGGGACAUGAAGGGACCAGCUCACGAUAAACUGUGGAACCAGCUGGAGGCGGAGAUCCAUCUCCACCGCCAUAAGACAGUCAUCCGAGCCUGCAGAGGGCGCAAUGACCCAAAGAAGCCCUUGCCUUCCCCGGCUGGACAUGACCCAGACUCUCUGAAGAAGACCCAGGGAGUCGGCCCCAUACGCAAGGUGGCUCUGUCCAAAGAGGAUCAUGAAGGUCUCGGGAUCUCAAUCACGGGAGGUAAAGAACAUGGCGUUCCCAUUCUGAUCUCGGAGAUCCACCCGGCCCAGCCAGCGGAGCGAUGCGGCGGCCUGCACGUGGGCGAUGCCAUCUUAGCCGUCAACAACAUCAACCUGAGGGACGCCAAGCACAAGGAGGCGGUUACUAUCCUCUCCCAGCAGAGGGGGGAGAUCGAGUUCGAGGUGGUGUACGUGGCACCGGAGGUGGACUCUGACGACGAGAAUGUGGAGUAUGAAGACGACAGCGGCCAUCGCUACCGACUCUACCUGGACGAGCUGGAGGAGGGCUCGGGCGUCAGCCACGGCAACGGCAACACCGAGGGUGCCACGCUGCAGGCAGUGGAGAAGCACCCGAUGGCCGAUGGCGGGGAGAACGGAGACACGGGCAUCUCCAGCGAGAGCCCUUCGGAGGAGACACCCUCUAAGACCGCCGAGUCCCGGGAGAGCAGCUCCUCCUGAGGAGCUUGCAGGGAUGGGAGAGCGGAUCCUCACCUCGCACCUCGUCUCCAGGGAGGAGGAGUGAGGAGCAAGGAGGAGGGAGAUGUAAAGACCCUGUCCGUGUACGAUAUGUAACAUGCGUGAUGCGUUUUGUACUACACAAAGAAGAAACCAUUUCAGAGUCCGCAGGAGAUCGCUUGGGGACCUAGAGUGAAAAUGGAGCACGUACAAAUUCAUGUCGCCACCUUCGGUUGGGUGAGAAGCACACGAGGAAAAGGCAGAGUGUAAAUCCGAACUGGCUGAGCUCAAAGCAGGAAUUCGGCUGUAAGGUCUGAUAUUGUGUAAGGGACAGGAAAUGAUGGCUGUUUUUCUUACUUGGUGUGCAGUUCCAUUCCAGGUAAACUCGGCCUAUGCGCUGCCCCUCUACUUGGGUAUCUCUAGAAUCUAGAAUCCUUGCACUGCUAUUAUAUAUGUCAAUUAAAUGGAUAUAGUAACAACUUAAUGUCAACCUACAACAUAUAAUCAUUACCAUGCAAACUUUUGUUUUUGAUUUGCUAUUUGAGCCUAGUGUGUUAUUAGCUCUCAGUUGUGUUCAAAAAAGGUGAUGGACAUUAUAUCAUGGGGGGGGGGAGAGAGAAAUGUUAUGCCCCAACUUUGUAACACUAUUCACUACCUAACAUUUUUCACAUCACUGUUGUGUCAUCCUGAUUCUGCAGUACCUUUGGCUGUAUCUGCAGUAACAGAUUUGUAGUGCUUUUUUUGAUUUGAUUUGAUUUAAAGGGUGGUUUCCUUAGCAAAGUAUAAUGGUAUUAAGAAAAUAGCCUCUGUUAGGGUGAGUAUUCUAAAUGAAAAUGUAUGAGCCGUGCCAGUUUUAUGCACAGUAUGUAAGAUUUUUGAAUGCUUCCAAGUCCACAAUGCAACUCUGAUGAAUUAGAUGGUUAUUGUGAUGGGAUAGGCUACUGGCUAAGGAGGCAAUAAUGAAAGUAUUUAUUAUUCAGUGGCUACUUGCUUGGCCAUGGGAAAUGAGGUAAAAGUGUCUGGUCCAUAGAGAUCCAGCAGUUCUUCUAACUCUAACUCAUGAUCUCAUCUGCUGUGAUGCCUCCACUGAACAUGUGCAAUAUAUUUGUUAGUUCAUAAAAACCCUCCCCAGGUCUUGGAGUUAUCCUUUGUUGCUCUUGCCCAUCACAUAUAUUUUAGAGCCAUGGCUUAUGACCACUCUCGCACUAGUCUUCUAGGAUAAACCCAAGACAUGUGACCUGUAGACUACAGCGAUGUCUGCAAGAAAGGAUUUUUGGAUUAAAAACCCUACGAGAACAUCUAUCUGUACAUCAGAGAUGCAAACCUAAAUAACUGUUCCACUGACUGCUGCAUAUUUAAUUUAUAGAAUUUAUAUCAAACAAAUAUAAAGUAAAAAGUCUACCAGUAUUUCAUCUACGUGUUGGUCUUGGAGCAUUCACAGAGAUGUAAUUUACCCUGUAUUCUUAGCUAGGGUGUAUGUAUAGCAGCUCUGACCCCAGUUCAGUUUCCCUCAGCUUCUCUACUCUUCAGAGCCCCUGGAAAGUUGAACAGCGUUUCAGUCGGCUCACGGCCAUAUCUGACGGAUGCAACAGGAGUGUUUUGGGUAACACGUGCCAAGGACAGGGACAUCUGACGCCAACAGGCUCAAUGUAGCCUGGAGGUGGUACUGCUCUCUCUUGGAGUUCUUACUAUCAUUACCCUCUAUGGUUAUCACAUUUUCCCUCUGUUCUGUGUUCCUGCAGCCUGAGAGAUUUGGUAUGAACAUCUUAUAUCUGUAGUUACUGUAUAACUAUUUGAAUAAAAUUUAUUUGCCUA